AUGUCGUCAGCAUCAACACCCAUAACCCGCGUCGUUCUCUUCAAGAUACCCUCCUCCACAGAUCAAGAGAAGCUUUUCUCCUACUACCGUCCUCUCGCCGCCACCGCGACGAAAGACGGAAAGCCGUAUAUUUUAUCUGCGAGAGCGGGGCCGACGUAUGAUGAUCAGAGAAGGCAGGGUUACACGGUCGCUGCGGUUACGGAGUUUAAGGAUGAAGCGGAUAUGAAGUACUACGAUGACGGGUGCGAGACGCACGCGGAGUUGAAGAAGUUUGUCAAAAGUGUGCACGAGGGUGCUAUGAUGGUUUAUUUUAGGGAUGUGCUGGCGGCGUAA